CUCUUGUCCAGGAACGAAGUGGGAAGGCCAGGAGCUACAAUAUUUUAUUGCGUACAGUCCACGCUGAAUUACAGGAAGAAUACUUAUGCUACACGGAGUAAAUACGGAAACAAUCUUACUUAUAAUCUAUUCGUUCGAAAUUUUGUUUGUUUCACAGACCAGCUAUUAGAAAACAUAUGAGAGUUUGUUUUAUUUUGUAUUCAACGGCUCCUUUUUGGAGCGAAAAAGCUUGUUUAUAUUCCUCCAUUUUAUUUUCAUUCGCCUACCUGGAGAUUUAUGACUAAAGAUUAAUACAGCAAGAAAAUGAGAGCACAAAUUGAAGUAAUACCCUGCAAGAUCUGUGGGGACAAGUCAUCAGGGAUCCACUAUGGCGUAAUCACCUGUGAAGGCUGCAAGGGUUUCUUCAGACGCAGCCAGCAGAACAAUGCUAUGUACUCCUGCUCCCGGCAGAGGAACUGUCUGAUUGACCGCACCAAUCGGAAUCGCUGCCAACAUUGCCGGCUGCAGAAGUGCCUGGCCCUGGGCAUGAGCCGUGAUGCUGUAAAGUUUGGCCGCAUGUCCAAAAAGCAGAGAGACAGCCUAUAUGCUGAGGUCCAGAAGCACCAGGCAUCCCAGGAGUUAGCUGCCGCCCGGGAGGUGGGAGCCGAGGUCGAAGGUCAUGGCCGGGCAUACAGCAGAGGCUCCAGUGCUGCCCUCAGCGACCUUGACGACAUCGCCACUCUGCCGGAUGGCCUGCUGUUCGACCUACCCCUGACACCAGAGGGCGCCGAAAGAGAGUACUGCAAUCUGGAGAUGAUAGGGGGCAGCAGCUCCUCCUCUCAGAGUUCGCCCGAACAGAACGGACUGGACUUCAGAGAUGGCAACCACCACAUCAAGCACGAGUACCAGCUGCUGCAUGAGUCCAGCCUGUUCACACACACGCUGCUCAACACUCUACCCGAGGGGUUCUCAAUACUUGAGAUCGAGCGUAUUACUGCUAGUGUGGUAAAGUCUCACAUGGAGACCAGUCAGCACGGCAGUGAGGAGCUGAAGAGACUUGUCUGGUCCCUGUACACCCCUGAGGAGACACGCAACUUCCAGAGCAAGUCUGCGGAAGUCAUGUGGCAGCAUUGUGCCAUCCACCUCACCAAUGCCAUCCAGUACGUGGUGGAGUUUGCCAAGCGCAUCACUGGAUUCCUGGAUCUUUGUCAGAACGACCAGAUCAUUCUUCUCAAAGCAGGAUGUCUGGAUGUGCUUCUGAUUCGCAUGUGUCGUGCCUACAACCCCAUCAACAACACUGUUCUGUUUGAUGGCAAGUUUGCCAGUGCACAGACCUUCAAAGCUCUUGGUUGUGAUGACCUUGUGGGUGCCGUGUUUGACCUGGCCAAGAGCCUUAGCUGUAUACAGCUCUCUGAAGAGGAAAUGGCUCUGUUCAGUGCUGCUGUUCUCCUGUCACCAGACCGACCAUGGUUGAAAGACACCCAACAGGUGCAGAAGCUUCAAGAGAAAGUAUAUGUCUCUCUGCAGCAUUGUCUACAUAGAUGUGGCUCAUCGGAGGAGAAACUGGCAAAGAUGGUGUCCAAGCUUCCCAUGAUGAAGUCCAUCUGCAAUCUCCACAUUGACAAGCUCAAGUUUUUCCGUCUCCUCCACCCAGAGACGGCAUACAAUUUCCCCCCUCUGUACCGCGAGGUGUUCAGCAGUGAAAUCACCUUCCCAGACUCCACAAUGGGCUAAAAAUCUGUUCAGAUAUGAAAGUGAUUCAUAUAGAGACAGAAAGAUGUAGGGAAAAGGAGGUAGAGAGGGAGAGGAACGUGGCAACAGCGAAGCAACCAGCAGCUCAGUGAAAAUCCUGCACGCUACACUUUAGGAACACUACUCUCAGUCACUUGGACUGUAAGCCAGUCCAGGCUAUGAAAUUCAACACUAGGUGCUGGGUACUAUGAGCAUGCUACUUAUUUUUGUUGUUGACUAAAAUGGUUCUGAGAAUGUAAUUUCGCAAUAUCAGAUGGUUUUCAAAAAGAGCUUGAGAUCUCCCUCAAGUUAAAGUCCUCUGUAAAACAGGUAUGAUGUGUUUGAAUGUACCCCACAGACAUGCAGCACAGCCCUAGGUUUGAGACAGAGUGUACUAUACACCCUACUAUCCUGCCCCAUGGAGGAGUUGCUGUGUAGAUCUUUAUUUUAUUGCAGUUCUACAGCUCAAUUUUAGUUUCUUAUUUGGUAGUGCCCAUACUUUGCAGUUUUGUAUGCUAUGAACAAACUGUUUAAAGGGACCAAGAUCAAACAGAUAGUCGGGCAGAUUUGUUUUGCAUGCAAGUCAUGGACACAGAGACCCAGGGUGUCUAUUACCAUCCAUGCAGACUUGCACACACAGCACUAAGACAAAGCACCUAUGCUGACCUAUAUAUGUAUUUUUACAGGCACACAUUCAGACACUGAUAUUUUUGAGCUCUUGACUUUAUUUUUUAAAAUGCAAUCAAAGACCUCGGUCCCACUACCCUUUCCCCUUGCAAAUGCCACUUAGAGAGAGAAAGAGAGAAUCACAGAAGUGUUUUGAAAGUAUUUUUAAACGUUCCUUACGUAUACACUUAUUUAAUCAUGUAAAAUAAAAUUAGACAGGGAUUUAUAUAUAUAUAUAGAAUGAUUCAGGUUGUUAUUGUAAAAGAGAAUGUUUUUUCAAUCUGGUUAAACCUGGUUAAAUAAAGGCAAUUAAAUAAAGA